AUGGUUGAAGUCGUACUGAGCUCACCCCGCGGAUUUUGCGCUGGCGUGGUGCGGGCCAUCGAAGUGGUGGAGCUAUGCCUCGAGCGUUUCGGCCCCCCCGUAUACGUCAAGCACCAGAUCGUCCACAACCCCUACGUCGUGGCCGAACUGGAGCGCAAGGGAGCCAUCACGGUGGAAGAGGUCGACGAAGUGCCCGACGGCGCCUUGGUCGUAUUCUCCGCCCACGGUUCGCCGCCCGAAGAUUUCCAGCGUGCCGAACUGCGUAACCUGAGAGUAAUCGACGCGGUGUGCCCUUUGGUAACCCGCGUCCACAACGAGGCCAAGAAGUACCACCGCGAAGGAAAACGCGUUCUGCUGGUGGGACACCACGGGCAUCAGGAAGUACGCGGAACGAUGGGGCAGGUUCCCAUGACACUGGUCGACGAUACGUCUCCCCUGCCCGACGAAGUGGCCGAUCCCGACAUCGGCUGGUCGGCAGACUCCGAGGUGGCCGUCAUCACCCAAACCACCCUGUCCGUCGGCGACACCGCCAGCGCCAUCGCCGCCAUCAAUGACCGGUUCCCGGCCGCCGUCGUACGCAACGACAUCUGCUACGCCACCACCAACCGGCAGGACGCCGUUACGCAAAUGGCCGGCCAGGUGGACGUCGUGCUGGUAAUCGGAGCCCAAAACUCGUCCAACUGCAACCGCCUGCGUGAGGUCGCCGAAGCCAACGGAGUGCCGGCAUACCUCAUCAACGGUCCCGAUGAGAUCGAACCCCACUGGCUGGACGGCAGAAACCGCGUCGGCAUCACCUCCGGCGCAUCCACCCCCGAGGUCCUGGUAGAAGCCGUAAUCGAAGCUCUGAAACCCGAACGCGUCUCGCUGAUCACCGGCGCCGACGAGGACAUUACCUUCACCCUGCCCCGCGAACUCCGCUAA